CAUUCGCGCAGCCUCACACUGAUUGAAAACAAGUAAGCUGAUAGCUGGAUACGCUGCAAGGCAAAGUAUAAAAAACAUAAAUUGCCCGGCUGGUUUCUGCUUUCCGAUCUGGGAUCGCCACUUGUCGAGCUGACCCCACUGCAGUCCGCCGCUGGCGCUGAUCAAGAACGGAGGAUGAGCAUUCGGUCUACCCAUUGCAUACCCACUCGUGUGUAUCUGCACCUUCUGCUGGUGUCGCUACCACUUUUGGCAGUUCACGCCACGCCCGCCAUAAGUCCGCAAUCGUUGCGCGGCAUCAUCUUCCCCGUCGAAACCUUCGAUGAGUGCCAACUGGAGGACGUGGCGCGGACGAAGGGCACCUGCCGGCGCAUGGAGGACUGUCCCAGUGCCCUGAACGGCUGGCUAGAGCGGCGCGAAUCGCCCAAGACCUGCUACUUUGUGAGGUUCGACCACUAUGUGUGCUGCGCCCCAGCUGUAGCUCCAAUUGUCACCCGAUCCAGCCAGCAGGCCUGCAAUGAACUGAACAAGGUGUCAAAGGUCAAAGAGAUCGACGAGUUCUUCGUGUCGGUGGUGGGCGGCAUGCCCACCCGUCCGCGGGAGUUCCCCUUCAUGGCCGCAUUGGGCUGGCGUUCGAACUUCGAUCAGAGGAUAUACUAUCGAUGCGGCGGCGCCCUUAUCGCCAACAACUUUGUCCUGACCGCAGCCCACUGUGCCGAUUUGGGCGGUGAGCCACCCAGUCAGGUGCGCCUCGGUGGCGACAAUCUAACCCUGACCGAGGGCGAGGAUAUAAGCAUUCGGCGCGUGAUCAUCCAUCCGGAUUACAGUGCCAGCACGGCAUACAACGAUAUUGCGCUGCUUGAGCUGGAGACGGCGGCCAAGCCGGAACUGAAGCCCACUUGCAUUUGGACGCAGAAGGAGGUGACCAACACGCUGGUCACGGCCAUUGGUUAUGGGCAGACCAGCUUCGCCGGUCUAUCCUCCGCUCAGCUGCUAAAGGUGCCGCUGAAAAGCGUGAGCAACGAGGAGUGCCAGCACCACUACCAAAAGGAUCAGCUGGCUCAGGGCGUGCUGGGCACGCAGAUGUGCGCCGGCGAUAUAACCGGCGAGCGGGACACCUGCCAGGGCGAUUCCGGCGGACCGCUGCUCAUGCAGGACGGCCUGCUUGGCUAUGUGGUGGGCAUCACAUCGCUGGGACAGGGAUGCGCCAGUGGACCGCCAUCGGUGUACACCAGGGUGUCCAGCUUCGUCGACUGGAUCGAGGGCAUUGUGUGGCCGGCGCAGCAGGUGACGAACGCACCGCAACCCAACCAGAUGACCAGUUUCAGUCCCGAAUUCGAUCUGCGGGCGACGAUCUGAGUUUUGCUUUCGAAAGCUCCAUAUAUAUACAGGAAUAGAUUUACAAAAUGAUCCAGCAAGAAAUUAUUUGAAUAUUUACAUACACUAUUAGGUAAAUCAACAAAUUUCAAGAAAUAUUUAUUUUUGAGCUCGUUUAGUGUUUAAAACUUUAUUUAAACUUAACCGUAAGCAAAAGCCAACUGCAUAAUAGCGCAUAUCGAAUAAACUUGCUAACAAAAUCAACAAUUGAGAUUUUAAAU